CGGGAGCCGGGACCAGGCGCAAACGGACGGAGAUGGGGACGGGGACGGGGACGGGACCGCGCCGCGCGUGGGGCUGACACCCGCCCAUCGCCCGGGGGGGGGUCAGAGCCGGGGGGGGCCGCCACCAUGGUCCCCCCCACAGGACAGUCGUGCUGAGCGCCCCCCAGCCCCCCCCCCCCAGCCAUUGGCAGCUGGCCUGUGAUGCGGGACAAUGCCCCGGAGCCCCGGGUCCAGCGAGGAGGAGAGAGUCUCGGAGUAUCCCGAGGGGGAGUCGGACUCUGAAAGCUCCCGUGACGGCCCCCCCGGGGCUAGCCCCAGCCCCCUGGACCGCAGGACCCAGGGGCCCCCCAUGUCGGUUCCCGACGACGCCCGCUUCAGUAUGAUGGUCUUUCGGAUUGGCAUCCCUGACCUGCACCAGACGAAAUGCCUACGGUUCAACCCCGACGCGGCCAUCUGGGUGGCCAAGCAGCAGAUCCUCUGCACCCUGAAUGAGAGCCUGAAGGACGUGUUGAACUAUGGGCUCUUCCAGCCGGCCACCAACGGGCGGGAUGCCAAGUUCCUGGACGAGGAGCGGCUGCUGCGCGACUACCCCCAGAGCUUCGAGAAGGGCGUGCCCUACCUCGAGUUCCGCUACAAGACCCGGGUUUACAAACAGACCAACCUGGACGAGAAGCAGCUGGCGAAACUGCACACCAAGACUGGCCUGAAGAAGUUCCUGGAGUACGUGCAGCACGGGACGGCAGAGAAGGUGGCGCGGCUUCUGGACAAGGGCCUGGAUCCCAACUACCAUGACUCGGACACGGGGGAGACCCCGCUGUCGCUGGCAGCCCAGCUGGAGGGGACUGUCGACGUGAUCCGACUGCUCUGCCUCGGGGGUGCUCACAUUGAUUUCCGGGCACGGGACGGAGCCACCGCUCUGCACCGGGCAGUGUGCACCCGGCGCUAUGCGGCCCUGACGGCGCUGCUGGACCUUGGGGGCUCCCCCAAUUACAAGGACCGUCGGGGCCUCACCCCCCUGUACCACACAGCCAUGGUGGGGGGCGACCCACGCUGCUGCGAGCUGCUGCUGUACAACCAGGCCCAAAUUGGCACCAUGGACGAGAAUGGCUGGCAGGAGAUCCACCAGGCCUGCCAGCACGGGCAUUCCCAGCAUCUGGAACAUCUGCUCUUCUACGGGGCUGAGCCGGGGGCCCAGAAUGCCUCCGGGAACACGGCGCUACACGUCUGUGCCCUCUACAACAAGGAAAGCUGUGCCCGGAUCCUGCUCUACCGCGGGGCCAACAAAGAGAUUAAGAACAACGGCGGCCAGACGCCUUUCCAGGUGGCUGUGAUUGCUGGGAACUUCGAGCUGGGGGAACUGAUCAAGAACCACCGGGAUGCUGACGUGGUCCCAUUCCAGGAAUCCCCGCAGUAUGCAGCCCGGCGCCGAGAUGGGGGACGCAGCCUGGGGGUCCCCCACCUCCUCCUCCGAGCCAACAGCGACACCAGCAUGAACGUGCCCGACUGGAUGCUGUACGGCUCCCCUGCCGUGCCCCCGCCACCGGCCACGGUGGCCGUGCAGGCCCCGAAGAUCGCCACGGGGACCAUACGCAGCGCCAGCAGCCCCCGCGGCGCCCGCACCCGCUCCCCUUCCCGCGGGCGCCACCCUGAGGACGGCAAGAGGCAGCAGCGUGGACGCCCCAGCUCCAGCGGUUUCCCCAGGGACUCGGCAGCGGGCGGGACCCUGAACAGCCGGGGAAUGAAGCGGAAGCUGUACUCCGCGGUGCCAGGCCGCACCUUCAUGGCCAUGAAACCCUACCAGGCUCAGGCAGAGGGCGAGCUGUCCCUCAGCAAGGGCGAGAAGAUCAAGGUGCUGAGCGUGGGCGAAGGUGGGUUCUGGGAGGGGCAGGUGAAGGGCCGGGUCGGCUGGUUCCCCUCGGGCUGCGUGGAGGAGGUGCAGACCAAGACACAGGAUGGAAAGCAAGAGAGCCGGAGCGACAAGGCCAAGCGCCUCUUCCGACACUACACGGUGGGAUCCUACGACAGCUUCGAUGCCCCCAGUGACUACAUAAUUAAGGAGAAGACGGUUUUGCUGCAGAAGAAGGACAACGAGGGUUUCGGGUUCGUCCUGCGUGGAGCCAAGGCGCAGACCCCCAUCGAGGAGUUCACGCCCACCCCGGCCUUCCCCGCCCUGCAGUACCUGGAAUCCGUGGAUGAGGGGGGCGUGGCCUGGCGUGCCGGCCUCCGCAUGGGGGACUUCCUGAUCGAGGUCAACGGGCAGAACGUGGUGAAGGUCGGGCACCGGCAGGUUGUGAACAUGAUUCGCCAGGGGGGCAACAACCUGAUGGUGAAGGUCGUCAUGGUAACCAGGAACCCGGAGAUGGAAGAGGCCAUGAGAAAGAAAGCGGCUCCCCAGCAGACGAAACGACUGCCCCCCCCAGCCAUCUCUCUGCGCUCCAAAUCCAUGACCUCCGAGCUGGAGGAGAUGGUGGAGAAAGUCUCCCCCUGGAAGAAGAGAAGUGAUUAUGAGCCAGUGCUGGCCACGGAGAAGAAGAGGACAGUCUAUCAGAUGGCGCUGAACAAGCUGGAUGAGAUCCUGGCUGCAGCUCAGCAGACGAUCAGCGUGGGGGAGGGGCCCAGCUCCAGCGGGCUCCCCUCCCUGGGGAAGGCCCGUGGGCCCAAGGGCUACUUCACCUCCGAGUCGAACUUCGAGCCGCAUCGGAUGGGGCAGCCUGGCUACGAGCGCACGUCGUACCUGCCACCCGGUGCCCCCCAGGGCCUCAUGCUGCGGCAGAAAUCCAUCGGCUCGGCAGAGGACGAGAAGCCCUACCUGGCUCCCCCGGCCAUGAAAUUCAGCCGCAGCUUGUCCGUCCCCGGUUCGGAGGAUAUCCCCCCUCCCCCCACCACCUCCCCUCCCGAGCCCCCUUACAGCGCCCCCCCCUCCGCCACGGGCCGCCUCACCCCCGCCGUGCGCUCCACCUUCAACCCAGCCGCCGAGGCCAAGCUGUACCCGGCCUCGCUGCACCAGGAGCCGCCUGCCUUCGAGGGCCCGGCCCGGCGUGAGAAGCUGGCCAUGUACCGCCAGGAGCUGGAGCGCGGGGCCGAGGCUGGGGCUGCCCGGGGCUGGCGUGGGCACCACCCACACCCGGAGCUGCGUUACUACAACCUGCCGGCCCGGGCGGCCAGCACCGCCAUGUACGUGCCAGCCAAGCCGCUGCGCCGGAAAGGCCCGCUGGUGAAGCAGACCAAGGUGGAGGACGAGCAGAGGCAGCAAGCGGCUGCCCCCCAGACUCAGCCGCCCCCAACACCGCCUGCCCCGGCGACGCCCGCCCCCGAGAAGAACUCCAUCGCCAUCCCCACCAUCGUCAUCAAGGCCCCCUCCACCAGCAGCAGUGGGCGCAGCAGCCAGGGCAGCAGCGUGGAGACCGAGGGGCAGCCGGAGCCGGCCCCGGUGCCCGCCCUGCCCCUCCACAACAGCAUGGACUUCACCAGCCAGUUCGGUGCGGCCCUGGUCGGGGCGGCGCGGCGGGACCGGGAGUGGCACAGCGAGGCCCGCCGCCGCUCCGCCCUCUUCCUCUCCACCGAGGCGCCAGAGGACGAGGUGCCCGAGCCGGCUCCGGCGCCCCGGCUCCGGCACUCGAAGAGCAUCGACGAGGGCAUGUUCUCGGCCGAGCCCUACCUGCAGCUGAGCUACGCCCAGCCCCUGCCUCCGGGCACCUAUUACCAGCCGCGCCCCGCCAAGGCCUACGGGGGUGCCAGCACCACCAGCGCCUUCACCACCGUCUGCUCCAGCUUCCUGCCCCAGCUCCAGUCCCGGUCUGGCGGCGGCAACGCCCCGCCCCUCAUCCACCCGCUGACGGGCAAGAUCCUUGACCCGGGCUCGCCCCUGGGUCUGGCGCUGGUGGCCCGGGAGCGGGCGCUGCAGGAAUCGCACUCGCAGCAGCUGCAGCAAGGCCGGGUGGAGGCGGAGGAGCGAAGGUCCCGCCCAUCUUCGCCCCGGUUCGGGGAGGUGGCGCCGGAACCCUCCGGAGGAGGUGGCUCCAUUCUGCGUCUGUGGGGGGUGCCGGCAGGCGAGCCGCGCCCAGAGAGCCCCCGGCGCCGGGCCCCCUCCGAGCCCAAGGGCGCCCCAUGGGCGGGGGAGAAGCGGGGGGAGGAGGGGGCUGGGGGCGAGAAGCUGCACGUGCGCUUUGUGGAGAACUGCCGGCCCCGGGAGGAGAGCGAGCCGGCGCCAGCCCGGGGGGUGGAGGAGAACGGGCUGCCCCUGCUGGUCCUCCCGCCGCCGGCUCCCUCCAUCGACGUGGACGACGAGUUCCUCUUCACCGAGCCGCUGCCCCCCCCGCUGGAGUUCUCCAACAGCUUCGAGAAGCCCGACUCCCCCAAGGCGGGCCGGGAGCCCCCCGCCGCGCCCGCCUCAGAGCUGGCGCCCGCCCCGCCCCCGCCCACCGCCGCCCUGGACUCCACCACCUCCAGCCUGACCUCCUACGACAGCGAGGUGGCCACCCUGACCCAGGGCGGGGUGCCCGAGCCCCGGGAGGCCCCCCACGUCAACUUCUCCUCGGUGGUGUCCUCCAUCCAGAUCCCGGCGCCUGAGCCCCCCGAGGCAGUGACCGACUCGGGCAUCGAGGAGAUCGACAGCCGGAGCAGCAGCGACCACCACCUGGAGACCAUCAGCUCCGUCUCCACCCUCUCCAGCAUGUCGGGGCUGUCCAGCGAGGGCGCGGAGCUGCUGGACAGUUACGUCACCUACCUGGACGGCCAAGCCUUCGGGGGCCCGGCGGAGAAGCCCGGCAAGCUGCGUUCCCGUCCCUUCCCCGCCCGCCGCGACCCCGCCACCCCCACCAGCUCCACCAUCUCCGUGGCGGCCUGCGCCGAGAGUGUCUUCACCCUCACGCCCGCCCCGGCCCAGGAGCCGCCCGCCCCGCAGCGCCGCUCGCCCACCCUGCCCUGGGAGGAGGCCGGCGCGGCCAAGCCCUCGCCCGUCUCGGCCAUGAAAGCCAGCAUCAUCAGCGAGCUGAGCUCCAAGCUGCAGCAGAUGAGUGGGGUGUCGUGGGCCCGGCCCCCCGAUGGAACGGGCCCCUUCGGCGCCGACCGGCCCGGCUCCCUGCAGCGCCAAAGGCUCCCUGAGGAUGCGUCGGGCCCCUCCAAGCUGCCCAGCAGCCUAUUCCACAACUGGCCCAAAGCGGGGCCGGGUGCCAAGCCCCCGAAGAGCGUGGAGUUCGACAUCCGCCCGGCGCUGCGCCGUGCCCCCAGCCCCGCCACCCUGCCCAGCGAGCACAAAAUCAGCCCGGCCCCCCGCCCCUCCUCCCUGCCCAUCCUGCCCUCCGUGCCCCUCUACGGGGGCAUCUACGACCUGCGGGGCUCCCCCCCCUCCGGCCCCUGCCCCUUCCCCGACUUCCCCUCCGGCAGCCGCUCCCUCUCGCCCACCCACUUCCUGCCCCCGGCCACGGACAAGCCCUUCGGCGCCAAGCCCCUGCCCUUCUGGACCAAAUUCGACGUGGCCGACUGGCUGGAGUACCUGAAGCUGGGCGAGCACCGCGACCGCUUCCUGGACAACGAGAUCGACGGCUCCCACCUGCCCUCGCUCACCAAGGAGGAUUACAUCGACCUGGGCGUCACCCGCGUCGGGCACCGCAUGAACAUUGACCGCGCCCUCAAGAUCUUCCUGGAGAGGUGAUGAGAGAAUCCCCCGCCCCCAGGAGAGAGGGGAGCCCCCCCCAGCUGCCCUGAGGACACAGAGGCCUGAAUGUAUCUGACGCCAGGAGCAAGGAGAAGCCGUGCGGCAAUGCCCCCACCCCGAGAGAGAGGGGCCCCCAGCAAUGAUCCCACCUUGGAAAGAAAGGGGCCUUGAAUCCCAUCGGGGGGACAGAGGGUACUGGGGGGUGAGGGAGGGAAUCUGGUGUAAUGGCACAGCGCCGGCUUGCACCAUUGCACGCUUGUGCACCAGCUUGCGCUGUUGCUUACGCUUCCCUGCUCGCCUAUGCACCCCCUUACAUCAUCACUAGCGUGUGCACGCUCUGUGUACCAUCUGCUGCAACGUGUCCACUCGGCUACGCGCCAGCUUGUCCAUUUGCACACUGAAUGAGCGUACAUUGUCACUUAUGCAUGUACGCUUGCUGCCAUCUCACACCAUUGCUGUGUGCACAUUUUCCUAUGCACUGGCUUGCACAAUUGCUCAUGUGCAUGCUCACCUGUGCAACCACCAGCAUCAUCAUCACUAGUGUCUGCACACUCUAGAUACCACCCAUUGCACAUGUACACUCAGCUGUGCGCUAGCUUGCACAUUUGCACACUGAGAAUCAGUGUACGUUGUCGCUUGUGCAUGCACAAUUGCUGCCAUAUCCUACCAUUGCUCAUGUGGACACUUGGGUACGCGUGGGGUUGCACCAGUGCUCGUCUGCACCUUCAGCCUCAUGACCGCUUGCACCAUUGUCCACGUACUCAUCUGCUUGAAACCUGCUUGUGCCAUCAAUCAUGGGCACAUUCAGCUGCUCACUAGCUUGCACCCUGCACUGCGCACCAGCUCGCACCAUUGCCCACACAUGCAUACUUGGCUGGGCACCAGCUUGCACCAUCACUCUCAUGUGUACACGUGGAGCACUGGCUUGCACCACUGCCUGCAUGAGGACAGUUGCCAUCGCUUGUAUGUGCACCUUCACCGUACCCUUCCCCCACCAUCUUGCACACCAGCCCUCACUACCCUGCCACACGGGCUGGGUCACACUUUCUCACACACGUGUCAGGGGCUGCAUGUGUCUUGCUGGGCUGUCCAUGGAUUUGGGGCAAGCCACCCCUCCUUCAUGCUCCAAGGGGGAGGGGUGAAUUGGGGAGCAGCAGGAUUUAGGGUGGUGGUGGGGGACAGGCACAAGAUGGGGGGUUCCUGAGGGUGAUCCCAACUGGGGUGGGGUGGCUGUUGGCCAGGGGGACCCUCAUCUGUUUUUAACCCUCCCUGCCACUCACUGGUCUCUGAAUUUCUGCUCCCCUGGAACUGGGGGGGACACUAGGGCCCCUAGGCUCCCCGCCCCUGGCCGAUGCUCAGCUGCCAAAGAAUUGGGGAGUCGCUGGGGAGCCAGGACAUCUGCCCUGCAGCUGGGUUGACGCCACAGGGAUCGACUCUGCUCUGGACCGUGGGCGGCCCUCUGUUGUGACUGCUUGGGAGGGGGGUGUCCGGGGGGGGCCCUGUUUUUUUGCUGUGAUCCCCAGCGUGAAGCUCCGUCCAGGGGGGUUCUCCCCUCCCACUUCUCACCACUUCAGGGAUUGCAAAGCUGGGUCCUUCCCUGCUGGGGGCCCCCCCACAUGCCCCCCCGUGGCCCCUUGGCUCUCUUGUCCCUCUUCCCCCCCCCUCCAAUGGCCACCUGGCCGUCUCUAAGGGCUUUCGUCUCGUCUCAUCUCGUCGGACUCUCAGCGCCGGCCCCCCUUAACCCCACGAGGGAGCGAAACGACAAACACUAGAAUGUCUUCCAGACCCCCCCUACUGCCCCCCCUGCUGCUGGGACUCAACGCCUCCCUGACAACGCAGCCGGACGCCUGGGUUCUAGCCCUGCUCCUGGGAUGUGGAGGGGGGACUAGUAGUGAGAGCAGGGAGGGGGCUGGGAGCCAGGACUCCUGGGUUCUCUCCAGGUUCUGGGAGGGGAGGGGGCUAGUGAUGAGAGCGGGCGGGCUGGGAGCCAGGACUCCUGGGUUCUAUCCAGGGGAGGGAGAGGGGCCUAGUGGUGAGAGCGGGGGGGAGCUGGGAGCCAGGACUCCUGGCUUCUAUCCAGGGGAGGGGGGCUUGCUGCACCACCUUGUGGCCCUGGAGCAGGAGGAGAAGAGGACUGGGGUGUUGAAUUCUCCAGACUGUCUGUCUCUAGGUUUGGGGGCUGAUUCCCCAGGAAGGGGCGUCUGGGUGGACGCGGGGGGGGGGGAAGAUACCUCCCAAUGACUGCUCCCUCGCGGAUCCCCCCUUGUGAAGAGGGGGUACCCUCAUGCUCUUGUUGCCCCAGCGCCCAGCCCUGUUGUACCUGGGUGUCAGGUAUAAUUACAUCCACCCACCCCCACUACAAGCCACACUUUCCUGUUGCCCUCACUUCAGACCCUUGCCUAGGGAAGUAGCUACAGUGGGAACCCAGGAGUUCUGGCUCCCAGCCCCGCCCCCAUCACAGAAGCAGAGAGAGAAUCCAGGAGUCCUGGCUCCCAGCCCCCCCCCCCCCCAGCUCUAACCCACUAGACCCCACUCCCCUCUGGGGAGAGAACCCAGGAGUUCUGGCUCCCCCCCCGCGCUCUAACCACAAGACCCCACUCCCCUCCCAGAGCUGGGGAGAGAACCCAAGUGUCCUGGAUCCCAGCCCCCCCUCUCCCCCAGCAGAGACUCUUGAGACUGAAUGUAAUAAAACGUGCCAAUUUCCAGAUGGGAGGGGCUGCUUAAACUCCCUCUCCCCCCCAACUCUCCUGCUGUCAUCUGUCCCCCCAUCACCCUGUCUACCCCCCCUGCCGCUGAUGCGUUCGCUGCCCCCUCCUUGUCCCGCAAUUGAUCCUCAGUCCCCCCACCUGGCUGCCAAAUGUCCCCUUUCCGCUGUCCUCCCCCCCCACUGAUCUGCCCUCCCCCUCGGCGAUGUCGUUACCUCCCCCCACACGAGCCGGUGGCCCCCAUCUCAGACUCCGACCUGUGUAUAGAGCAACUGAUGUAUUUUACUGAUUUUAUUUGCAAAUAUAAACUCUAUGGGGAUACGG